AUGCUGCACACAGCCCUCUCAUGCUGGCAACCGUUCCUGGGACUGGCUCUAGUGGCCGUCUUUGUGGGUUCUGCCCUGGGAUGUCCCGCCCGCUGUGACUGCUCAGCCCAGAGCAAGUCGGUCAUGUGCCACCGCAAACGCCUACCGAGCAUCCCAGACGGCAUCCCCAUCGAGACCAGGAUCCUGGACCUGAGCAAGAACAAGCUGCAGGCCGUCAACCCAGAUGACUUUGCCCCCUACCCUGGACUAGAGGAUCUGGACCUCAGUGGGAACAUUAUCAGCUAUGUGGAGCCGGGGGCCUUCAACCCUCUGUACAGUAUGCACUCGCUCAGUCUCAAAAGCAACCGCAUCAAGCUUAUUCCCCUGGGGGUCUUCACAGGCUUGUCCAACCUCACACGGCUGGAUGUCAGCGACAACAAGAUUGUCAUCCUGCUGGACUACAUGUUCCAGGACUUGCACAACCUGAAGUUCCUGGAGGUGGGUGACAAUGACCUGGUGUACAUCUCCCACCGGGCCUUCAGUGGACUGCUGAGCCUACAGACACUAACCCUGGAGAGAUGCAACCUAACAGUGGUGCCCACUGAGGCCCUGUCCCAUCUGCACAACUUGGUCAGACUUCACCUCCGAUACCUCAGCAUCAGCACAUUGCAAGCCUACUCCUUCAAGAAGCUUUUCCGGCUGCGCCACCUGGAGAUUGACAGCUGGACCUCGCUGGACAGUGUGCCUGCCAACACGCUACACAGCCUCAACCUGACCACGCUUUUCAUCACCAACACUAACCUGUCCACCUUCCCAUACCAGGCCCUAAAGCACCUGCACUACCUAACACACCUCAACCUGUCCUUCAACCGCAUCAGACACAUCGAGGGGGGAAUGCUGUUUGAGUUGGUGCGCCUGAGGGAACUUCAUCUAGUUGGGGCCCAGUUGUCGACCAUUGAACCGUACGCAUUUCAGGGCCUCCGGUGGCUCAAAGUCCUCAAUGUUUCCCACAACCAUUUGGACACCCUGGAGAAGGGUGUCUUCCAAGCCCCUGAGGCUCUGGAGGUCCUCUUGAUCGACGACAACCCCCUGGUGUGCGACUGUCGCCUCAUGUGGAUCCUGCAGAAAAGGCACUCCAUCUUCUUUGGUGACUCGCAGCCAGAGUGCAACACCCCUGAGGGUAUCCGCGGAAGGCCUUUCAGGGAAUUCAAGGAGACCCUGCUAUCCUAUUACGUGACAUGCACCAAGCCAAAAAUCCGUGAGAACAAGACACAGACGAUAGCAGUGGACGAGGGCCAGUCAGCGAAACUACACUGCAGUGCUGAAGGGAUCCCCAGGCCGGUGGUGUCGUGGCUGUCCCCACGCCGGCGCCUCCUCACCAACAAGAGCUACGGUAGAGUCAAGGUCCACAACAAUGGGACGCUGGAGAUCAAGGUGGCCGAGGUGCAGGACGGGGGCGUGUACCUUUGCAUGGCAACCAACACGGCGGGUAACGACUCAUUGAUGGCCUCCCUAGCAGUGAAAAGCCUGGGGUCGCUCUACGCAAACAGGACCCAGUACUACACAGAUCCUAGCAACGCCACUACCAAUGGGACUAGCAACGUGACCUACGGCUUGGACCUAAAGACUAUCUUAGUGUCGACAGCAAUGGGAUGUUUCACAUUCCUGGGGGUGGUCUUGUUCUGCUUUCUGCUACUGUUCGUUUGGAGCCGGGGCAAGGGAAAGCAUAAAAACAACAUAGAUAUUGAAUAUGUCCCUCGGUCCAAGUCUAAUGGCACUUCUGUAGAUGGAGGGGCAGAGGGACAAGCUGGACCUCAUCGCUUUAACAUGAAAAUGAUCUAA